AUGUCGACGUCGUCUGCUGAGAGCGAUCCCGAGUCAUCCACGUCGUCCUACGGCAACAGCGGCACACCUUGGGGGUGGCUGGUCUGGAACAUUCCGCAACGGACAGUCGGCAUUCCCUUGGGGUCGACCGAGGGCGAACACAUGGCCACCAUUGGCCGAGGAGACUAUUGCACCGUGACCGUCUCGCCUACACUCGUCGCCAAUUCGCUCUUCCAACGCAUCAGCCGCCAACAUUGCACACUGGAAAAAUCGAUGGAAGACGGAAAAUUUACGAUUUCAAACCACUCACCCAAUGGAACGUUUGUCAACGGCGAACGAGUCGAUUACCUGCGCACACUGUCCAUCGAUCACGGCGACGUCGUCGCUCUCUGCUCCGCCGAGAGCGCGGCAAACUUCACCUUUUACGACAACUACCAUCGCUUUCCGGGAUAUCACCUGCACUUCAACAACAAGUAUCUCGUUCUGAGCAUCAUAACGAGUGGGUUGUUCGGCGAAGUUUGCAGAGCCAUCGUAAAGAGCAACAGCAGCGUUGUUGCAAUCAAGACUGUUCACGCCAAUAAGUGCGAGAAACCGUAUGACUGUGUGACGGUGAACCCACGUGGCGUCGAUGCUCUAAGAAAUGAAAUCGCAGUGCUCUCACAGCUGGAUCACCCCUGCAUCGUCAAGAUGCUAGACUCUGCCGGCAACUGGCCAGAAAGCAGAAUGUUAAUAGUUAUGGAGUUCCCUGGCGGCGGUGAUUUGCAACAGAGGAUGUCCGACUUUUCCCUGUUGUCAGAGCCAAAUGCCAAGUAUUGGUUCGUACAAAUGGUUUCGGCAAUUAGAUACUGUCACAACCGCUCACCGCCCAUUGUCCACCGUAACCUGAAUCCCUCCAACGUGUUGCUGACAAGCGCUGAUGAAUUUGCAAUAGUAAAGGUAACCAAAUUACUGGAUAUGGCGUUGGAGUGA